AUGCACGCCUUCGCAAAGUUCUUUCCACUUGCGUUUAGCGCAUUGGCCUUCACCCUCCCGGCCGACAUUGAGAAGAGGACCGCAGGAACCGCGUACGAUGACAACUUUGACGACCUUAAAACUAGUGUCAUAACGCCACAGCUCUUUCCUGUUGGCCUCUACCACGGCAUUCAGUAUGGAGGUGUAGUUGUUCUGGAGCCCAUCGAAGGCGCCGCUAGCGUAGUCCCUCACUCCAAGCCCCAUCAAGCAGGAGCAGCUGGUCCCAUCGACCUUCUCCAGCUAGGCACACUCACUCUGAAUACCUACGCCCAGCUUGUUCGCGGCCCGGGUGUGAAGUCCUUCGAUCUCCAAAGUCUCUAUUUCGGCCUUGGUACUGACACCGGUACUACCGAGGGUCUUGCCCAAGGAGGUGUACUCUCAGUCACUGGCUUUGACGUGAACGGAGAGCAAAUCCCCACCCAAACGCUUUCGUAUGCUCCGACCGGGAGUCAAAACCAGCCAUUGAAGUUCGCGACUUUCCCAGAUACUUACAAGAACCUCGCCAAUGUGUCGAUUGGUGUUGCAGUUAGCGAGCCACUGACAGAACGCACUUACAUUGCUUUGGAUGAUGUAAAGCACGUCAAUUACUCCUAG